AUGGACGUACAUAGACCAACUCUCAGUCAAAUAGGGGGCAAAAGGUUUGAGAUCAAUUCAAUAAACUGUGCAGUAGCAUCAGAUUAUUUGGAUGUUGCUUUAGCUAAGGCUGAUGAGACUGGUUUUGAAGUUGCACCUAUGAUAUGUGGACAAAUUACUCUGGGCGGAGAUUCAGGACCGGACCAGAGGGCCCGACCUGUAGCACCAACAUCGCAGCCACUUUGUGCUCCUCUAUACUCAACGCAAGCAUGGACGACACCAAAUGACCAGUUACCUACCAGCGUAGCUAACAAUAUGAAACAAACUAGCCAAGCCCAGUGA